AUGGAGCGGGAAGACCGUGGCGGCCAGGGCGCGAAAAGUGAGACCAAGCGGCUUUACAAUCAUUCCAAGGGCGACGAAACUGCAUUGUGGUCCGAGUUCGAUGACCCGGCCAAGGAAGAGCGGCGACUACAGGCAAUAGGUCACCGCUCAGCUAUCAUUCAACGGUUCUCUAAGGAAGAGGGCGAUGGAGACGGACAAGCGCCGUCUUGGAAAACUCAAACAAUUGAGAUUCAAAGUUCACGCUUAAAAACCUCUCUUGAGAGUAUCUUCACCGGUUAUCCGGACUGGAACUCCGGUCCUACGCCGUUUACGUUUUCGCCUCCCUUCAAAAGUUUUUUUCACGUCUGGGAUAAAAUUUUGGAGGAAUCUGGAAGCAAACAGAAGGAAUAUCCUAUUAGAGCGGAAGUUGGACUGCUGCGUGAAGCGCUCAAACCGAAUAUCACCCCAUAUCUAUCGGAACUAAAACAGAUCAAGGACGCAAACGCGAUUGUGUUCAAGUCUCUCUGGUUAUUAUUCGCCCCCGGUACGCUUGUGGUGACGAAGUUGGGGACUCGCCUUUGUGUAUCUAAACUUCGAAGCCUCAAAUUCAAAGAGAAAAAGGAGAGCGUUUACAAGAAACGUCCAGAUCGUUGGCGUCUUGAGCUGCUUCGCUAUGACUGGAAUGGGAGUUACUGCGGCUUUAUAAGUUUCGUGGUUAAGAUCCCGGAUUUUGAUGGAUCACAACGUGUGACAUCACUAGCCGCGUUCCCUUUUGAAUUCCUCCCGAACCAGGCUCAGGUGCAAGAGCAACUACUCUCCCGGGGCCAAAAGUUUGCUGCGCUUCGCGGAUUCUCCAUACACAAUUGCGUAGGCAGCAAGUACGUUAUCGAAAAGACUUACUUCAGCUCAAAGGAAGUUGAGAAACCAGUCUCGGGUCGAGUCAUAGUCGACGGAUAUGCGUACUACAAGUGUCAAAACAAGGUCGCUCCGGAAUUAUCCCGACGCCGUGAAGAAAAAGAUAAGGAUGAUAUGUCGGUAGGGGGUGAAGAAACCCAGACGUUGGCGAACGGAGAAAGGAAGGAAGAACGUCCUCCGUUAACUGACGCGGAACUCCUCCUCAGUGUUCCUCGGGUCAGAGGCUUUGACCUAACUACAAAAGAAUGGUGUGAACUUAAUAUCGACGAACUUCAGGAUCCUGAUUGGAACCAGACUGCAUAUGAGAAGCUAGUUCUCCCUGAGGGUGAAAAGGACUUGGUCAUGGCAUUUGCGGAUCGUUUAAAAACCAGGGUAAAAAGAUUUGACGAUUUUGUACAAAACAAAGGGGAGGGGAUCAUCAUAUUACUGUGCGGUCCGCCAGGCGUAGGCAAAACUCUGACUGCAGAGGCAGUGGCGGAAAGAUCACAGGCGCCCCUCUAUGUUUUAGGUGCGGGAGAGCUUGGGACAGCCCUGCGCGAAGUUGAAACCGCGCUCGAUGAGGCACUGGAACGUUGUCGACUCUGGAAUGCAAUACUCUUGUUAGACGAAGGAGAUGUCUUCUUGGAAGCUAGGAGCAUUGAUAGCAUGAACCGAAAUGGACUAGUCUCUAUUUUCCUUCGGCGCUUGGAAUACUAUCGCGGAUUGAUGUUUCUGACUACAAACAGGGUCAGUGCCAUAGACCCGGCAUUUAGAUCCCGAGCAGACCUCAUACUCCCUUACACUAGCUUGGAUGCACCAGCGCGGAGGAAAGUUUGGUCAAACUUCUUGGACCGAUUUGCGCCUGCGACAUUCCAAAUCAGCGACGAUGAAUUGGAUGAACUGGCGGAGAAAAAUCUAAAUGGAAGAGAAAUAAAGAAUAUGGUUAAAACUGCCCAAAUUCUGUCGGAAGCUGAUGGUUUGUUAACUAUGAAACAUUUCCGAAUUGUUCUGAACAUCCGGAAGCGGUGUUUAGAUGCUGAGGAGUUAGAAUUGGAGGAAUCUGCUAGUAAGAAGCAGAAGAUGUGA